AUGGCCCUGGCUUUGGAUGCUCUGCUGGCUAGGGUGAAGGAUGUGUGCCGGAGAAAUGGGCUGCUCAUUCUGUCGGUGCUGUCUGUCAUUGUCGGCUGCCUCUUGGGCUUCUUCCUGAGGACCCAGCGCCUCUCACCCCAGGAAAUUAGUUACUUCCAGUUUCCUGGAGAACUGCUGAUGAGGAUGCUCAAGAUGCUGAUUCUGCCCCUUGUCGUCUCAAGCUUGAUGUCAGGUCUUGCAUCCUUGGACGCCAAGACCUCCAGCCGCUUGGGAAUCCUCACGGUGGCCUACUACCUCUGGACCACCUUUGUCGCCGUGAUUGUGGGCAUCGUCAUGGUCUCCAUCAUCCACCCUGGUGGUGCAGCUCAAAAGGAAACCACUGCCCUGAGUGGGAAGCCCAUCAUGAGCUCGGCCGAUGCUCUGCUGGACCUCAUCAGGAACAUGUUUCCUGCAAACCUAGUUGAAGCCACCUUCAAACAGUACCGCACCAAGACCACUUCCGUGGUCAAGUCCAACAAGGCAGUGACAUCAGAGGCUACCCCUCAUCGGAUCCUCAUCUAUGGAGUCCAGGAGGAGAAUGGAUCCCAGGUACAGAACUUCGCCCUGGACCUCACACCUCCCCCAGAGGUUGUGUACAAGUCUGAACCGGGCACGAGUGAAGGCAUGAAUGUGCUGGGGAUCGUCAUCUUCUCAGCCACUAUGGGGAUCAUGCUGGGCCGCAUGGGAGACAGCGGAGCCCCCCUGGUCAGCUUCAGCCAGUGCCUGAACGAGUCCGUCAUGAAGAUCGUGGCGGUGGCUGUGUGGUACUUCCCCUUUGGCAUCGUGUUCCUGAUCGCGGGGAAGAUCCUGGAGAUGGAUGACCCCACAGCCAUCCGGAAGAAGCUGGGCUUCUAUGCCAUCACGGUGGUCUGCGGCCUGGUGGUGCACGGACUCCUCAUCCUCCCCACGCUGUACUUUGUCAUCACCAAGAAGAACCCCAUCGUCUUCAUCCGGGGCGUCCUUCAAGCCCUGCUCAUCGCCUUGGCCACCUCUUCCAGCUCGGCCACUCUGCCCAUCACCUUCAAGUGCCUGCUGGAAAACAACCACAUCGACCGGCGCAUCGCCCGCUUUGUGCUCCCCGUGGGUGCCACCAUCAACAUGGAUGGGACGGCCCUCUACGAAGCCGUGGCAGCCAUCUUCAUCGCCCAAGUCAACAACUAUGAGCUAGACUUUGGCCAGAUCAUCACCAUCAGCAUCACAGCCACAGCGGCCAGCAUCGGGGCAGCCGGGAUCCCACAGGCAGGGCUCGUCACUAUGGUCAUCGUGCUCACCUCCGUGGGGCUGCCCACCGAUGACAUCACCCUCAUCAUCGCUGUGGACUGGGCCCUGGAUCGUUUCCGGACCAUGAUCAACGUCCUGGGGGACGCGCUGGCCGCAGGCAUCAUGGCGCACAUCUGCCGGAAGGAUUUUGCCCGAGACGUGGGCACAGAGGGCCAGAAGCCACCACCGUGUGACCCCAAACCGGUCAGCCUGGAAGAGAUCGUGGCGUCCCAGAGGAACGGCUGUGUGAAAAGCAUGAGCGGGGCCCACGGGCCAGCCCUGGACACAGCCCUCCUCUCUCACCACGUGCCCGUGCAAGUGGAACAAGACGACGAGCCCGCUCCGUCCCUGCCGAGCACUGACCACUGCACCAUCGAGAUCAACGAGCUGGAGACCAACGUCUAGGCCCAAGCAGGGCUCCACGGCCUCUUCUCUGACACGGAGGAUUCUGAGGACGGCCACAGCCCAGGCGGCCGACGAUGGGGGCAUCCCACGUCCCAGGAAAGCCCCUGCUCUCUCGACACCGGGAAGCAGCCUACCUUGGUCCUUCUCUCUGCCUCAGUUGGCUUGGAGGCAUUUUGGUAAAGGAAUGGCUGCCCAGCGCAGAGCUCUGCGAUGCCUGAGUCCCAGACCCUGGCCCUAAGCCACUCUCUGCAGGAAGCUCCAUCAGGGGCCUCCUGGUCACAGCCAAAGCAGCUCUCUGCCAGACUGAGGAGCUCCUCAGGGUCCAGAGGGGAGAAGCCGGGGAGGAGCCAGGGCCUUCGGUGCCAGAGCUGGGCCUCCAGGACCUUCUGCCUGGUGUGUUCCGUUCUGCCCAAGGGCGGGCAUUCCAUGGCUACUGCCUGAGAGACCUCUUCAGCUCUGCACACGCUAGACUGACUGGGGUUCCUGGACCAGGAGACCUCUGGAGGGGGGCCUCCAGCAGCCCCUCCAGUUCUCCUGACAUCCCCAGGAGGUCUCGUGGCUCCUGAGCCCGUGGCACCCUGGGCUUAAAGGAGCACGCAGGGAUGGGCGUUGGCUUUGGGAGAAGGAAAAGGACAAAAUCAUUCCUGUUUCUCGUGGGAGCGUGUUUAUGAUAAACCUGAAGCUUGGGGCACACGUCUGGAUGUUUGAUCCUGAAGGGAAGACAGGGGUUGGGAGGGCGGAGAGUGAUGGUGGACCAAGAAGGGGAAGGGCAAGAGGAAUGCUCAUUGGCAGCAGCCUGGAGAGAGGGAGUCAAUGAACGCACUGGGAGCUAGGCGCUGUGCUAGGGAAGGAUGGGAGCUGGGGACAACCUGAACUAGCUGCAGAGCCCAUCAUUCAAUUUUCAGCACAAGCAUUUACGCCUGGGAAAUCAGCAGAAUCUAGACAUCGGAGCUUGAUUUUCUUUAGACUUGAGGAAAUGAUAGAAAGAAUUUUUUAAAUUUUAUUUGAUUUUAUUUUCAGCUCUGAAUUCUCUUCUCCCCAUCUCCCUCUGCCCCCAUGAGAAAGCAAGAAAAACAAAACUUUUAUUUAAAUAAGCGUUUAUGAAGCACCUACUGGGUGCCAAGUAAUGUGCUGACCAUGUACGUUACAAACAUUGUCUUAUUUGAUCCUCACAACAGCCCUAGAAGGGAAGUUCUGUUAUUAUCCCUCUUUUACAAUUGGGGAAACUGAGACAUAAAGAGAUUUAAGCACUGAGCAUCAUAUAACUGAUAAGUGGCUAAGGCUGAAUUUGAACACAGGUUUUCCUGACCCAGUGCUCUAUCUUCUGCAUCACCCAGCUGCCUCUCAAAGCCCUUUAUGGAUUUGUUUAGACAAGCAAAACAAAUUCACUCAAUAGCUGUGUCUAGGGGGAAAAAUUGUCUUGAUCUAUCAUUUCUCUGUUUGGAGGUUGAUAGCACAUGAGAAAAGUGUUAAUAUUACAGAUUAAACUUUCAAAUGUGUUGUGUGUUUUUGGAAAGCUGGUUGUUAAACAUUUCCCAGUAUACCCCUGGUCUGUCUCCAUAAGACACAGGAAAUUUAGGUCCUAAUACUGUAGCUGUAGCUUCCCCAUGGAAGGUCUGGUCAAUGCCUACUCCAUACCUUUGUAAAAAAUGGAGACUUGAACCCAGGACUCCAGGCCCCAGAAGUCCUUGCUCACUUCCCAGAAUGCUUUGUGAUCACACUGAAUUCUCACCUGGGUGAGUUCACAAAUUAUUAUUUAAAGGAGUUCUCCACCUACUGAGGUUUCUUCCUGUUUCCGCUGGCAAGCAGACGCAUUUCAUGAUGUAGGUGAGGUUGAAUGGGCCUCUCGGCCCACCUAGACACAUGCUUUUCUUACUUGUAUUUUCUUAAGCUCUUAAGCUU